AUGAACAUCUUCGCUUACACGUGUCCCCUGUCUAGAUCUCCUGUCCGCCUCUGGUUCACUCUCUGUGUACGUCGAGGUCUCACCUCCCGGCAGCAGUUUUGAAAAGAACCCAGGACCCUUUCUUCAGUGCAUCUCAAAUUUCGCUCCAGGUUACUCCAACUUGGAAGCAAUUCAAAUGGGAGCUUCGAUGCAUGGAUUAGCAUUGAAGAUGGGGGGUGGGUGGGGACGGGAUUUUAAACCCACAUGGUGCGGAGAUGUGAGUCUGAAAUUUCAAACAUUUUCGCAUCGAGUUAUUAAAAUUAAAAAAUACCGAAUAAUACUGUGAAAAUAAUCUGCCCAGACGACAAAUAUGGGAUGGGCGGCGGGUCAGCCUCACUCUCCCUCGUUAUCAUUCUCACCCAACUGUGCUCUCCUGCUGUCGUCUUCUUCUUCUUUAAGAGGGGGGAUGGGACAUCCCGUCAACUCAAUUCUCGCUCUCUCGCUCUCUCGCUCUCUCGCUCUCUCGCUCUCUCUCUCUCUCUCUCUAGAUAAAUGAAUAAAUCUAGCGUAUCGCCAAAUCUAAUCACAGGGGGCCAUACAAAGAGAGCCAUCUCAGACAUUAUACAAAUGCGUAAAACAUAUGAUACGACGUAUUUCUAAAAUUCAGUCGAUCGGGUUCUUGGGGGUGCCCGCGAAUUUUCCCGGCGGACUGGUUCUCGUCUCGCUCCGUCCAGGGUCUUUCUCACAGAACCAGACAUUUUAGAGGAGACUGAGGAAUCCAGCGAGCUCCAGCUACGUAUACCCAGAUCCACACGCCUCUACGCUAUCUCUUCACUAGCUGA